AUGUCCAAAACCUUAGCCGUUUUUGGUGCGACUGGCCAACAAGGCGGUUCAGUGAUUGACUAUGUGUUGAACGACCCAGAGCUUUCACAGCGGUAUAAAAUCCGUGCUAUAACCCGUAACGUCGAUUCACCGAAGGCUCAGCAGCUCAAGGAGAAAGUCGAAGUUGUCCAGGGUGAUGUGCUCAGCCAAUCCUCCCUCAGGGAAGCUUUGACCGGCGCGCAUACUAUCUUCGCCAUGACCACACCCAUCCCUGGUCCGGAUGCCCUGGAAACAGAGUAUCAAAGUGCUAAAACAAUCGCCGACGUCGCCAUUGACCAAGGUGCAGAGUACAUUAUUUUCAGCACUCUGCCAGCAAUUAGCGAGAUCUCUGGCGGCAAGUACACCCAAGUCACCCCGUUCGAGGCCAAGGCGAAAGCCGAAAAGUACAUCCGAGGCCUACCUAUCAAGAGUGCCUUCUUCUCCCCCGGGUCAUUCAUGGAGAAUUACCAGCUACUACCCUUCCUGCGCCCACGACAGGCCCCCGAUGGCACCUGGGUUAUGGUCCACCCAAUGUCUCCCAAGGGGCUGCUCCCCUUGAUCGACGCUGUUGGGGACACAGGCAAGUUUAUUGGUGCGAUCCUUGCCGAACCUGAUAAGUACGAAGGAAAGACGUUUUGUGCCGCUACAGCCCUGUACAGCCUAGACGAAAUCGCUGCCGUCAUGUCUAAAGCUACAGGCAAGACCAUUGCCUGCAAGCAAGUCCACCCGGAAGAGUUCAAGAAGAGCUUACCGUUCCUCGCUCUUGCCUUCAAUGUCUUCAUCGAAGGGUUUCAAAGUAUAGGUGAGUUCGGGUACUACGGCCCGGAUUCUGAGAGGUUGGUUGCUUGGGCUGCUCAGAAUGCCCGAGGCAGACUUUCCACUUUUGAAGAGUACUUGGAGGCACAUCCGUUACAGCUGGAAUAA